AUGAUUGUAAUAUUUGACAUUUUACAAACAUCGAUUUAUAUUAUAUAAUAUAAAAUAUAUUAUUAUUCAUCACAUAAUUUAAUUCGUCAUAUUAGCUAUAAAAAAAACAAAUGUUAUAUAAAAUAAAAUAUAUUAAAAUAAAAAUUUAAUGUUUAAAAAAUGUUUGAAAGUGAUGAUUGGGAUCUCGAUCAGGAUUUCUUGAAUGAUGUAGAUGAUAAAAUAAAUAAGUAUUGUUCCCAAAAAGAUAAUCAAGAAAGUGAACCUAAAAGACGUAAAAUAGAUACUAAUAAUGAUUCAAUUUCAUCAUCUGAUUCUAAUACAGAUUGUUGGGAACAAAAUAUCAUUAACAAAACUACAUUGAAAUAUAAUGAAAAUAAAGAAUCAAGAAAGAAUUUAAUUCUUGAGAUAUUUAAUAAAAAUUUAUCACAGAAAAAUGUAUCAAAAGAUAUGUUAAAUGAUCCAAAAAGAUCAUGUGAUAACAUUUCACCAAACAUCCAUGUCAAUCAAAUACAUAUCUGUGAAAAUAAUCAAUUACUUAGAAAAGAUUUAGUACUUGGAAUACUCAAAAAUAAAAAUAUACAGGAUAAAAUUAAAGAUAAUACCAAAAAUUUAAAGUUACAAACAAAAAUUAAAGAUAAUAGUGAUAAUAUUAAUGAAAAACAAAAAAAUACGUCAUUAAAUAAGAAAAUAAAUUGUCAAAUUUCUAAAAGUAUAUUUGAAAAUAACUCAAGUAAUGAUGAUUUCAAACUAUGCAUGUUUGAACAUUCAAGAAAACAAUUACCUUGUAAUAUAUUACAGAAACAGUUACAAGUUACAACAGAAACAAAUAAUAUUCAAUCCAAUAAUUCUAUAAAAAAUUUGCUUACUUGUAAAACUCCACAAAAUAAAAAGAUGACACUAAUUAGAAAAUUUCCAGGACCAGCUGGUUUAUUACCAGAUGAUUUAGAUUCUAAUAUACUUUGUGUUUCAUAUUUAAAUAGCUUAGAAGAAAAUGAAAUAUCAAAUAAAGAGACUAAUACAAAUAAUUUAUCUGAAUAUUGUUCUCAAAAUACAAAAAAUUUAUUCACAGAAGGUGCUUGGCAAUUAAUGUUAGAUGAUUUGCCACAAGAUUUUUUAAAAGGUCACAAUAUUGCCACUGUUAAAAAAAUAGCAAAUAUAAAUAGUUUCAAUAAUACAAAAGUUAAAUUUUUAGCAGGAAUAAUUGAACAUAUAGAUUAUAGUCAUGAUAAUCCUCCUAUUAUUUUAAAAGAUUUUACAGACAAUAUUCAAGGAAUCCUUCACAGAGACAUACCACUUAAAUAUCCUGGUUUAUUAGAAUCUAAUGUUGUUGUAUUAUUACAUGAUGUAGGUCUUUUAAAAAUUUCUGGAACUUUUGUUUCUAAUAAAUAUCAAAUUUUAAUUUCACCCUCAAGUUUAUUAGCUAUUUAUACUAGUAAAGGUACAAUAGAACGUACACAAUAUAUGAAAACAAUUUUUGAAAAUAUUUUAGAUGGAAAGACAAAGACAAUAGAUUAUAAAGAAAAAGCGGAUUGUAUUUCUACAUUAAAAUUAGAACCAUUAAAAAGUAAUAUUCAUUUAAUUUCAAAAAAAAAUACAGAACUAAUAAAUAUCAAAGAGAACAUAGAAAAUAAUAAAACAAAUAAUAAAACUAAUUUUUCUAAUUUAAAUUUGAAUGAAACAAAUGAAGAUAUAGAUGAAUCAAUAAAUUUUGAUAGUGAUAUAUUUUUUUCAAUUUCUUCCAAUAAUAUAGAUUCACAAAAUCAAAAAAAUUUUAAUAGUUCCAAGUUUAAAAAUAUAAAAUGUAUGAAAAAAGAAACUAAACAAUUAAAAAAGUCUAAACAAUUAUUUACAAAAGAAGAGGAAAAUUUACAAAAUGAUGAUAAACAAAGAGCUGAAUAUUUACUAAAAAACUUAAAAAAAUGUUCUCCAGAUAUAAAUGAAAAAAAAUGUCUCUCUCAUAAUUCCAAGAUUUUACAAAUAAAUGCUGAGCAUUUAUCGUCAAAAAAUAUUUAUUCUGAAGAAAUUGAGCCUAAAAUAUUAAAUAAUGUAUCUUUUGAAAAAAUAAAUGUUGAUAAAUGUUUUGAAAAAACUAUUUCUCCAUCUUGUCAUAAAAAAGUGAAAAAUAAACAAGAAAAGAAUAUAACUUCUGUACGAACUAAAUUAUUGCAGUUUCAAAAUAUAGAUGUAUUAUCCCCAGAAAAUUCUGCAUUUACAAUUUCAUCAGGUAUAAAAGAAAAAUUUAAAAAUUUUUCACAAAAAAAAUCGUUAGAAACUUCAAAUUCUAUGCAUAAACUUGACGAUAACGAAAAUGAUUCUGAUGAUGAAAUGUUAUCUCAAUUAGAUAUGAAUAUUAUUUUCAGCAAUUAUAGUAAUAAAAAUUAGAUACUUUUAUAAAUUAGAUACUUUUAUAAAAUUAGAUACUUUGAUAUUAUUAAAAAAUUCAAUUAUCCGCUGAAAAUUACGGAUAAUAAUAGAUUAUAUUUUUCUAUUGAAAAAUUUGGAAAAGAUCUCUAUUUAUAUACAUUUAUAUUAAAUAUUAUGUUAAAUAUUAUUUCAGAAAUACCAACAUAUAUGUAAAUAUUUAUUAUAUAUUUUUGUAUAGAAUGAAAUAAAAAAAAAAUAGAAAAUAAGAAUGUAUAGAAAAUAAAUAAAAAAGUAAAUAUAUUUUUUACUUGAAUCAAAAUUCCUGUAAUAUUUUAAUGAUAUUAAUUUAUUAUUAAUAUUUCUAAAAAUAUUUGAUCUUUCCCGAAUUUAGGUAAAUUAUUAUUGUGCAAUAAAAAAUUGAACAAGAUAUUUAAUUUGUCAAAUAUGAAAUAUUAAAUAUUCGAGAUAACUAUUAUUUUAAGAUUAUUCAUGAUAUAUUUAUUUUUAGAUAAACGUCAUUAUAUCGAGAUAAAUAAUAGUUUUGAGAAAAAGAUUCUUAAAUUUCUCUUUUUUGCUAUUGAAUAUGAUUAAAAUUUUUGAUUAUAAACGGUAAUCAUUAAUUUUAAUUUAAAAAAUAAUUUACAAUACAAUUUAGAAUAGAUCAAAGAUGUAUUUUAUGACAUACUAAAUAAUUAAAUAUUUUUUUAAUAAAUCUAUUUAAUUUUUUUUUCUUAAAGUAAAGAAUUAUAUAAAUUAUCUAAAAAAUAGUAAACGAAAUUUGAAAAUAAUUUAUAUUAUUACUAUUGAAUCAAGGGUACUUGAAGAUAUAUACCUAUAUCAGCAAUGAUCUCAAUUUUGCUGACAUUAGCCUGAAUAUCAGCCCUCGCCAAUCACAAGCGUAGAAUCGAUCUAGAAUCUUUAUAAAUGAGAUCUUUACAAUGUAAUCCAUAUAUACGCUAAUGGAGAUCUAUUGGAUCAACCUUGAUAUGCCCUGAUUAUCCGAUGGUACAUCUAGGCAUAUGAUCGUGUGAUUAUGAAGUGUAAUUUUGUCACAUUAGUUACAUGAGAUAGAUAUCUGCAUUAAAAUAAAAUUAUACAUUACAUGCCGAAAA